CUCUGCCCCACAGCCACAUCGAGUCGAAUGCGGUCCGCGCAGAACAGCGUCGUGUCCGAGUACAAGGUCGCGGCGACGCCCCACUGGAACGAAAACGCCGACGAUGCUGUCGCCAACGAAGCCAAGCACGCGGCCGAGUUUGAAGUCAUCACGUCGGGGCUCGAGCACCCGCAGGUGACGAUCAAGUCGCUCGUCGUCGGCACCAUCAUGGGCACGUUCACGAGCGUCCUCGCCAUGUACUAUAGCCUCAAGCUCGGCGUCACGCCGUCCCUCAACGUGCUCUCCGGCAUCGGUGGUUUCAUGCUCUGCCGCGCCUUGAUGAAGACGCAGUUCUUUGGCAAGCACUUUACCGUCCAGGAGAACGUCGUCAUCCAGACGUGCGCGGUGGCGUGCAUGAGUUUGGCGAGCCAGGCCGGUUUUGGCUCUGGCAUCCUCGGCCUCACGGAAAAUGUCUUCCUCGUCAUGGGCAACACGACGUACGCGGGCAACCUCGCCUCGGACGUCAUCGACUUUACGUGGCUCCGCUCGUUUGGGUGGUGCGCGAGCAUUGCGCUCUUUGGCUUCUUCAUCUCGUUCCCGCUCCGCCGCAAGUUUAUCAUCGAGAUGCGCCUCCUCUUCCCGAGCGGUACGGCCACCGCCGUCAUGAUCAAGACGCUCCACACGUCGAAGGAGGCUGUCGAGUACCAAUGGAACGUGCUCCUCAAGUCCGGUGUGUUUGCGUACGUCUGGAGCAUCUUUGUGUUCUGCUUCAACGGGCUCGGCGAGUUCCCGAUCUUUGGCGAGAAGGCCGCGGGCUUUACGUGGAUCCUCGACUUUGCGCCCGGCACCUUUGCCAUCAGCUUGAUGCUGCCGUUCCGCGUCAUGUACUCGAUGUUCCUCGGCAACAUCAUCACGUGGGGCAUCCUCAUGCCGGUGCUCAAGGCACAGAAACUCGGCGUCUGGUACGAGAGCGAAGGCGCGGCGGGUCUCAAGGCCUACUACACGUUCACGGCCGUCGCCAUCAUCUGCGUCGACGCGCUUUACAGCAUCAUCAAGAUGGGUAUCAUCAUCGGCAAGUCGUGGUCGGCCAAGAAGGACGAGAACAAGACGAUCACCGAGGCGGACGACAAGGCGACCGAAAACGACGACGUGCUCUCCAAGGCCCAGCGCCAGGCGUAUCUCGACAAGAUCUUCGAGUCGGCGCACAUCCCGACGUGGUCCUGGAUCGGUGGCCUCGUGGUCUUUGCCGCCGUCUCGGUCGUCGUCAUCUCGUUCAUGUUUGAGACCGUCAAGUGGUACAAGGUGCUCGUGUGCUGCCUCCUCAUCCCGAUCUUUGCGAUCGGCAUCGUCCAGGGCACGGGUAUGACCGACUGGAACGUCUCCAGCGCUGUCGGCAAGCUCAUCCUCUUUGUCAUUGGCUCAUGGACCGACGGCAACGACAAGUCGAUCAUCGCGUCGCUCAUUCUGUGCCAGAUGGUCAUUGUCGGCUGCUCGCAGGCCGCCGACCUCAUGCAGGACUUCAAGACCGGCUACCUUGUCGGCGCGUCGGCCAAGUCUAUGAUCGUGGCGCAGAUCUUUGGCGCGUGCAUGUCCUGCCUCGUUGUCCCAACCGUCUGGGUGCUCAUGAACGACGCGUACACGCUGCCCGGCCCGCUCCUCAAGGCGCCAUUCGGCGAGGUCUACCGCGUCAUGGCGAUCACGGCUACCGUCGGUCUCUCGGGCCUCCCCACGUACUGUGGCUACUUCAUGCUUGUCGGCGUUGUCUACACGAUCGUGUUCAACUUGUACAUCGACAACUUUUCCGAGUCCAAGAACAAGGUGCUCAACGUCAUCGCCAACCACUGCCCGCUCCCGAUGGCCGUCUCGAUCGGCAUGAUCGUGCCCGCGAGCUUCGGUCUCGAAGGCAUGAUCAUGGCCGGUAUCAUCGCGUACUGGAAGUCCAAGGACGAAGCCUCGUUCGAGAAGACGCAGUACAUUCUUGCCGCCGGCCUGAUGACCGGCGAAGGUUUCUCGGUCCUCACGCAGAUCAUCGUGACGCUCUGCGGCGGCAGCGCGCCUGUCCAGGUGUCGUACGCCAUGACGCCGUAAAUUCACCCUUGUAAUCGUGUCGUGUAUAUAACCAAACAACCAAGUUUGCAUA